AUGCAGAAGUGCCGGGCCGUCAAUUCCGCUCUGGGGUCGAGGGCAUUCGUCCCCGCCCCUCGGGUCCAAUUCCAAGUGCAGCGCCGGAAUCUCCAGGAUGUCGCGAUUACUAGAACUGGGAAGCCAAUUCUGAAGGUUCAGGGCGGACGGUCCUCUCUCGGAGGUCAUACCGCUACUGUUUUUGGUGCCACUGGCUUUCUCGGUCGCUACAUUGUCAACAAGCUCGCCAACCAGGGAUGCACGGUUGUUGUUCCCUUCCGCGAGGAAAUGACAAAGAGGCACCUCAAGCCGACUGGUGAUCUCGGAAGAGUUGUCUUCAUUGAAUACGACCUACGGAAUACCCAAUCUAUUGAGGAGAGUGUCCGUCACUCCGAUGUUGUCUACAACCUUGUUGGUCGUCAAUAUCCUACGAAGAACUUCUCCUAUACCGACGUUCAUGUCGAUGGAACUGAGCGCAUCGCCGAGGCUGUCGCCAAGUACGAUGUUGACAGAUUUAUCCACGUCUCCUCCUACAACGCCGACAAGAACUCGCCCUCCGAGUUUUUCAGGACAAAGGCAUGGGGUGAGGAGGUUGCUCGCUCAAUUUUCCCCGAGACUACCAUCGUCCGGCCUGCUCCCAUGUUUGGUUUCGAGGACAAUCUUCUCCACAAGCUCGCCGGUGUCACCAACCUCUUCACUUCCAACCACAUGCAGGAACGCUUCUGGCCCGUUCACGUCAUUGAUGUUGGCUCUGCCCUCGAGUUGAUGCUCCACGACGACACCACUGCCGGCCAGACUUUCGAGCUCUAUGGGCCGAAGAACUACUCUACUGCGGAAAUUGCUGAAUUGGUUGACCGUGAAAUCGUCAAGCACCGCCGCCACAUCAACGUCCCCAAGGCUGUCCUGAAGCCUAUGGCUUACUACCUGAACAAGCUCCUCUGGUGGCACACCAUCUCCGCCGAUGAGGUGGAGCGGGAGUUCAUUGACCAGAAGAUUGACAAGACUGCCAAGACAUUCAAAGACCUCGGUAUUGAGCCCGCCGAGCUCAGCGACCUCACCUUCCACUACUUGAAAGGCUACAGAAGCUCCUCCUACUACGAUCUGCCUCCCGCCACGGAGCGCGAAAGAAAGGAGGAAAAGAAGUACUUGCACGUUCUUGACGACCAGUAG